AUGCUGGUGUCAAAAGUCGGAGUCCACCGCUUGCGCGGUGUUGCCCUCAUGGCUGUCAUCACGUCCGUCUGCUCUGCCGGUUUCUGUCUCUUCGGCUAUGACCAGGGCGUCAUGUCCGGCGUCGUCGUCUCCCAAUACUGGCUCAAGACCAUGGGCAACCCAAGCACAAUAAUGGUUAGCACCAUCACCGCCGUCUACGACAUCGGCGCCGUUGUUGGUGCCAUUGCCGCCGCCUUCACGUCUGAGCCGCUCGGUCGCAAGCGUACCCUCAUCUUUGGGACUAUUGUCCUGCUCGUCGGCACCAUCCUUAUGGGCACUUGCGCCGAGCGCAUCCAGAUGAUGAUUGCGCGAGUCGUCACCGGUAUCGGUAUUGGUUAUAUUACGUCCGUAACGCCGGUCUACCAGAGUGAAAUUACGCUGCCCGAGCAUCGCGGCUGGCUGACACCCCGGUGGCUCAUCCGACAUGACCCCACACCGACGCGCGGCGUUACGGUGCUCGCCAAGCUGCGUGAUCUACCUGAAGAGCAUCCAAUAGUGCAGCGUGAGGCGCAAGAUAUUAUCAAUGCGAUUGAGCUCGAGUCCAAGGAGGAGGGGUCGUGGGGCGACCUCUUCCGCAGCAACGGUAUCAUGGCUCACAAGCGCUUCUAUCUCGCGCUCGGUAUCCAGUUUAUGCAGCAGAUGACAGGUAUCUGCAUUGUGACAUAUUACACCCCGACAUUGUUCCAAGUGAGCCUGCACAUGUCGCAGCAGAUGUCACUUUUCCUCGGUUGUUGGGUGCAGACAUGGUACUUCAUCGCUUCACUCGUCACGACAGAUGGUGUAGUCCGGAGGCUACGCAUCGAGAAGCGGGCGCAGGCGGAAGUCGCGGCACGCGAACAAGGCUCUAUCAAGGGCGUGGCCGAAAGAAGCGAGACGACGAGUUUGGAAAAGGAGAAGGCGAGUGAGGAGCGCGUUGAGAGCGCUGUAAGACAUUGA